CUGCAGCAAGUCAAGGAACACCAGUCAUUGAAACCUCGUCGUCUUGAAUAGAGAUAGUGUUUUCUUGUCUCAUAAAAAUCAUUUCUAUUUCGUUUUCACUUUGAUUUUUAAACACUUUCUUCGCUGAUCACAAUAUAUACAUAACUGUGAGACACCAGGCAGAUUUCCAACAUACGGUAUUAAAUAUAUCGAAAAAUUGCACAACAUUAAAAUAUCACUAGUUAUAUUCGAAAGUUUUGGUGAAUAAAAUUAAAAGAAAGCGAAUUUCAAAAUUGAUUUAACCAGUGUCCAAAUAUAACUACGUUGUCUUGGGUGGAAAAAGAAAAAAGAAAGAACAAAAGGGUGAGACAUACUUUACAAUAUAAAUAUACCUAAAUUGGAGACGGUAGAGGAGACGAAAGGGGACACCGGCGUACAAGAGGACGGUGAAACAGCACCGUGACUAUGUAAACUACUAACAAAUACUUGUGGCAGCGCGUGCGCAUAGCCGAGCACAUUCUCUAGUAACAAUACGAAGCAACGAAAUAGCAACGUGAUCAAAAAAUUGUUGACAAUAAAACGAUUAAAUAAAUCAAGGUACGUAGAGGGUUACUAAGAAAAGUAAAAAAAAGCGGAGAACUGGGCUUUUCUUCAAACAAAGACAAAGAAGCACGCAAACUGGCUCCGGAGGUGAGGAUCAAGCAAAUUGGAAUGAGGGAGGACUUGUUGUCCAUAAUCCGGCACACAAGCAGCGAUCAUUUUUCGGAAGAACUUUAGCCUAAAAGAAAACGGCAGAAGAAAUAAAAAGAAAACUAGCAAUAGGCCAUUGUUUACGAGUAUUCUAUACAAAUAGAGGGCUCUCGCUCGCUGGAUAUUUCAAACAAAAGUGUUGCCAGGAUUUCAUUUACCUUUACUAUCAUUUAAUUCUUGUCUACUUACUGGCCGCUUUCAUCUUGGGGAGAAGAAAUAAAUCUAAUUAAAUUUUUUAUCGUGUUAUGCCCUGGCUUGUUACUUGUUUUGAUCUGUUGGCACCGAUUCUUGGGUAUUGUCUGGCCAUAAGAAAAUUAGCACUGCAAGCCGGAAUUUUUCAGGAAGAGAACAAUAAAUCAAUUGUACCACAGGCAGCUAAUCCAUCCAAUACGUCGAAUAGAUCGAAGGAAAACUCGUUGAGCACUAAGAUCAUGGCUCCGAGUGCCGAGGAACAACGCCAAGAACCUAAUAAGGAUAAAAUCAGUAUAAGGACGCAGGGAAUAAUGAAAUCCCCGCGUAAAUUCGCAGGAGUUGUGAUAGCGAUGUGUGGUUUACCAGGUCGUGGAAAAAGCCAAGUGGCUCAAUGUCUUUCGCGUAGGCUCAACUGGAAUGGCGAUUCCACCAAAAUAAUGAGCGUCAGCGACUACCGGAGAAAAAGAUUGGAACCAUACGGUGAAGCGGUGUCGCACGAGCUAUUUCGCCCUGAUCACACAGCGAAUACAGCAUUAAGAGCAUUGGCCCAACGAGACGCGAUGCAUGACUGUGCCGCAUGGCUCACAGCCGGGAAUUCCGUAGCUAUCCUGGACGCCACAUUGGUAACACGAGCGCAGCGCGCCGAGGUCUUCGACUAUUUUUCUGGACAACUUGGUUAUCGUGUCCUUUUUAUCGAGUGUGUCUGCGACGAUCCAGUCGUUCUGGAAAGAAAUUAUAAAGACAUAUUACGAUACAGCGCCGACUAUGCUGGCAUGGAUCCGGUACGAGCUGAGGAGGAUUUACGGCUCAAGGUAGCUCAUUAUAUUAAAUCUUACGAGCCGAUGGACGAGAAGACGUAUCCUCGAAUUCGUAUCGACACUGGCAGCAUGGACAUCGAGACUUGCAAGGUGUCAGGCCAUGUGGAGUCAAGCGUACUUGGAUAUCUUGGAAGUGUCACGGUCAAACCGCAUACUCUUUAUUUCUCUCGGCACGGUGAAAGCGAGUUCAAUGUAUUGGGCAAGGUCGGUGGCGAUGCGGUAUUAAGCACGCGUGGCGAAAGAUACGCACAAGCAUUGGCUACAAAAUUCAAUGCUAUGCGAAUUCCUGAUCUGCGCGUAUUGACCAGUCGUCUUCGAAGGACUAUCGCGACUGCACGUGGGGUUGAGGCACCUCAAGAACACGUAGCGGCACUUAACGAGCUCCACGCUGGUAUCUGUGAAGGUCUUUCUUAUGAGGAGAUGCAAGAGCAUUAUCCGCAGGAAUUUGCAUGGCGCGAUCAGGACAAGCUGCGCUAUCGUUAUCCAUGGGGAGAAAGUUAUAUAGAUGCGAUGCAACGCGUAGAACCGGUAAUUGCUGAAUUGCAAAGAUCUGACAACGUGUUAGUGGUAUCCCAUCAAGCUAUUCUGCGUUGCAUUAUCGGUUUCUUCAUGGAUAAGAAACCAGAGGAGCUGCCUUACAUGGAAGUACCAUUGCAUACUAUCAUCCGAGUUAGCAGCCAAGGUUAUAAUUACACGCUCGAAUUUUUCAAGCUACCGAUCGAGUGUGUGAACACUACCCGUGUCAAGCCGAAUAAUUGUAGCGCUGAUAGAAGCGCGGAUGAUGCUCUGAUAACAGUCCCACCGCAUUUCGACAUCCCGGAUCCCUGGAGAAAUCCUGGUAGUGGACCUACUCUCGUCCAGCAACACUGAGAAACCGCACGACGAUCCACGAUCUCGUCGAAAAUUCGAUCUCUGUUCGGUUGCAAUUUCAGAUUUUAAUAGUAAUAUUUUGCAAUUUUGGUUAAAUUUAGAUAGAACGGGGAUUAAAAUUGAGAUAUUAUACGAAAAGAAAUUAAUUGAGAAUAAUUUUAAAAUGUACGUAGAUCGUUUUAAGAUAUCUUAUCGUUUUAAUUUAAAUUAAUAAUCAAUAAGGUCAAUUGAUAUAUUUGCCGAUAUCGUGGAAUAUAUAUACAUAUAUAUAUAUAUUAAAAAAAAAAAAAAAAAAAAAAAAGAAAAAAAGAAAAAAAAAGAAGAAGAAAAGAAAAGAAAAGAAAAAAAGAAAAAAAAGAAGAAGAAAAGAAAAGAAAAGAAAAGAAAAAAAAGAAAAAAAAAAGAAAACAGGAUCGAAUAAUUCUCGAAUAAUUUAAUAUUAAUUAUAUUUAGAAUGAUGAUUUCGGUUUUCUAUUAUCCAGUUUUGUUGACGAGAAAUUCUUUGACACUCAAUUUUUCUUCGAGAAUUUUAUUCUCAUUGGCAGCAAUUCUAUAUCCUGCUGCGGAGCCCUCUAUAUACGUUUAGUUUUAUUAGGAAUUAUAUAUCUAAACAAUAUUGUAUUAGUUAUAUAUCAUAGGGAGUAGAUUAUACGACAAAUAUUUUAAUUGUACAUUUAAAUGUGAAAAGGCAGAUAAGAUUGAAUUGUAGGGGAUGCGAAGCACGGUCUCUCGUAUCAUCUCGUAUUUUAAUUUCAGAAUAAACAUUAGUGCAACGAAUAUAGGAAAGAUAUUUCGUAUUUUCAUACUAUUUAGAUCAUAGAAUUUUAAGCUUAUGACAUUUUCUUAGUUCCUAAAAUAAUCAUUUUAUCUUCGAAAUUUCAAUGACGUAAGAAUUUUUAAAUAGACGAUCGAAGCUAUAGCAUAUAUGAAAUUUAACUAUUAAUUAAAUUAACGAUAUCUCUUUUAAAAUAAAUAAAUGACAAAUAUUUCGUUCGUAGAUUAGAAAAAUGAUAGAUAAAUAUGAAUUUUUACGCACAUUAGGAUAAUUGUUAAUAGCGUAUUGUCUUUUUAAAAAAAAAAAAAGUAUUUUUUCACUAUGAGAACGCGAGAAACAGUCGGCAAUUGCUUUAUACGAGAGGCGCGUUUUUUCGUCGAUUGCUGCGUUUCGGUUAGGAUUGUAUAUUAGUAAAUGUAUAUUAAUAAACCGCAUAAAUGAGCAUAAUAUUUCAUUAGGCAUCACGUGGAAAUCUUCGAGCAUUUGCUGUAAAACAUCCUCGAGGAUUCACGAAUGCAGAAUGUGAAUUAGAAUGAAAAAGAAAGAAGCUGUACGGGUCUAUAUUUAUUACGAAAAGAUAAGAGAGACAAGGAAAGAAAAUGGGGGGAAUUAUUUUUUUAUAAAAAUUAAAAAAAUGUUUUUACCCCAGAACAGAAAUUGUUUCUCUUUGAUUUUCACGAAAUAAAUAAAAAAAAUCA